GGUGUACGUGAUACAGAGUUUCCGGUGAUGACGCCUGGGCUUCCCUGCCCCGGCCCACAUAAAUUAAGACACCGCACAGGUUGUGCUCACAGAGAACAAGCCAAGAGACCAAGGGACAUACAUCUCAAGCUUCUCGGAAACCUGACCGUCGGACUGUUGUCACCUCUGACGGACAUUCAGUGGGAGUCACGCCCCGCUACUGCUGUUUUGUGUGGAGGAGCACCUAACAUCUCUUCGGCAAGAUGACAACCACCUGCGACGAUGAUCAGAAACUUCUCCAAGUAGUAGACUCGAGGCUUCUUAAAAUCAUCGAAGAAACGGCCGAGGAGCGCGCAAAAAAGAUAGUGGAGAAAUGUCUCAAAGAUCGCGAUGCGAAGAUAAAGGAACAGAGAAAAAAAGACAUCAAGACGAUGACAAAGGAAUUCUGUACCACCACCACCGCCCAUGGCAUCAGCCGAGUGGCAGAAGCUGACACAGUUAGAUCAAGGAUCAUUUGGACCGCCAUACUCAUCACCUGCGUCACGCUGUUCGUGUACCAGGCCGCCAUCUUGAUCAAAGCGUACUUUGAGUACCCGGUCAACGUCGACAUCAAAGUUGUGGACAACAACAAGCUCACCUUUCCGUCCGUUACUGUCUGCAACAACAACCGAUUGCGCAGAUCCAUGCUAAGAGGCACCCGACAUGGCGCUUUGCUGGAGCUGGAUGAGCGGACUGAACGUGACGUGCGGAACUACUUGUGGGGAAAAGAAGGCGACAAAAACGGCAUCGUACCUGAAAUAGCCGACCGUCCUUAUGGUCAGGGAGUGGAGGUCGUCUAUCUCCCCUAUGAUAGCACCGAUGCUUCUACGGAAUGCAGACGUCGGUCUCGACAUUUGUGCACCUUGGCUCAGCUCUUGAGAGCGCCUGAAGAUCACACACGGUCAGAAUGGAGCUACUUCGACCAAGAGGGGUGGGCAGCUAAGCUCUUCCAUCAGUGCAACGCGGACGGUACUUGUGACAUGUGCUACAAUGACAAGAUACUUCUGAGACGUGUAGACGACAUCAACGCUAAAAUCAACUCCACGCUCUGCUGCGAACCUGACAGUUACGUCACUCUAACCAAUCAAACGUUUGAAACUCACACCGAGGCUUUGGAGUCAAGCGCAUGCGCAAACUUAGUUGGCGCUGUGCAGGGCGAACCGUGCUCCGCUAGUCAGCUGAUAACAGCCUACCAAGAUGGCAGACGUUUUGACGGCUGGGGAUGGAUUCAUGCAAGGCAAGGUGUUCAGAUGAUGUUAAAAGAUAACUGUUCAAGCGACACUAAAACAACAUGCUACCGUGAAGUACUCCCAACAAAUGAGACGCCCCAAAAAGCCGGUUUGUUUUGUUGCUCUCCUCAAAUGUGCGUACAGUCAGAAUGCACGGCCAAAGUUCCCGGAUGCAGCAAUCCGCUUGGAAUGGAGAGUGGUAAAAUAUACGACCAUCAGAUUUCAGCGUCUUCAUUUCUCGAAGGUUACCCAGCAGAGUACGGUCGAUUGAAUUCCAAGUACGCGUGGAAUUUUGCUCCCUACUCUGAUGAGAAUCCGCGCUUUGCGGUAGAUCUUGGCAGAACGGUCAUCCUCACGGGGUUGAUAAUACAAGGAAACGUUCAAACGUAUGGUUUACAGUACGGUGUGACGUCAACUGAUUGGUCAGACUAUGUAGAUGAGUAUGGUGAAGUCGUCCUUUUCUGCGGUCACGUCAACGGCAAUGGUUACAACUUCCAGCAUCUGUCGCACCCUGUCUUAACCCGACACGUCGCCAUUCUGCCUCGUUCCAACGGACAGAACGAAUGGGGAAAUAAAAACAUGAGAGUUGAGUUUCUUGGAUGUGAAGAGAAUGACUGCAUCUUUGGCAUCUUUCUACAUCCUGUAUUACCGAUAAUGAGCAUGAUAGAUCCGAGCUCCAUCAGCUGCAGCAGCAAAGACUGUGUGACAAACGUCACCACAUAUCGCGGAACCGUACGGUCUUCUGGUAACGCAAACUGCCAGGACUGGACCUGUCCUAACCGGUACUUCGACUAUUGCCUGGAGGAAAACUUCUGCCGGUUUGCACCGAAUGGAGAUCGCACAAACCUAGUCUGUCCUUCUGCCUCUGGUUCCCAAGAAGCGAACCUGACUUCUACUCCCUGUCAGUCCAUCCCGAAAUGUUCCAUCAGCGAGAAUGACGACGAACCAAUAUUCCCCACAAGGCACAGGUUUUACCAGCAAACUUACGCCGCCCAGUACUGCGAAGAACGUGGGAAACAAUUAUGUUCCCUAGAGCAGCUGGUCUUGUUAAACACAUUCAAAGAUGUCAAGGCAACUGAAUGGGGCUGGAUCGGUGAUAAGGACAUGGAGGCUAUAUUUGAGGAAGACUGCACAAACUCAACUUCGGAAUUUUGUUUCAAAAACGUUUAUCGAUAUCGAGUUGCACACGAAGGACGAAGUGUAGCUUACUGCUGUGACGACUCCCUGUUUAAACUCACGAAGAAUAAGUACCGUAACCACAGUAGUGCUGAGAAAGGCUGCCUUGACCAGGGAAUGCAACUUUGUCUACCUUCACAGCUACUCGCCAUCCAUGGUGCUUCCAUCAGGCGCGAUAGUUACCCAGAGGACAUUGCGUGGAUCAACAUGGCCGACAAAAUUGCACUGCUUAACGAAACCUGCGGGUGCAAUGUUGGCGAAGGAUGCUUCGAUUAUAGAUUUCCUUUAUACGAAAUCAAUCGCUCUGAAACGUACAAAGCAUUAUGUUGCGAGGAGAGUUUCUUCCUCAGUCAGGACACGUUUUCCGAGCAGUUGGAGGCCUGUGCAGUAUGCAACAAUACAGACAAGCAGACCUGUUCACGCCUACAACUCAAUAACUUGUAUACCGACGGCGUUAGAAACGAAGAUUUCUCAUGGUUUUCCGAGCCACAUGUUGUAGCUCGUCUUCGAGCUCAGUGCAACACAUCGGAUCCUAACUGUGACCACUAUGUAACUUACAAAAAUGUCAUUGCAUCCAACGGCGCGGCCCUUCCUGUCUACUGUUGUAGACCAGAGUCAGACACAACGCUGUCAAAUCAAUCCAUGGCACAGAGAGCUGAUGUCACUAAUCACUUUAUGGGCUGUAACAACCCGCUGGGUAUGGAGAGUGGCGUUAUCUUACGAAAUCAGAUUCAAACGUCCUCAAUCCUUGACCAGAAACAUUCACCAAACCACGCCCGGCUUAACAGCGUGUCCUCCUGGAAAAUGGAGGGAAAUGACACCAUGCCGUGGAUACAAGUGGACUUACUGAACUUACAUAUGUUGGCCGGGGUGAUCAUACAAGGAGGCGGUAAGGAUGGUGGCUAUGUCUCAUCCUUCUCAUUAUCCUUCAGCAUCAACGGAGAUCAGUGGCUGUCUUACACGGAAGACGAAACGACACAUGUGGCAACAUUGUUCGUCGGAAACAAAGAUGGCGACACCCCAAAUCACGUAUACCUUCCCCGCGCAGUCGCAGCUCGAUACGUACGACUGCACCCAAAGUCGUUGAAACGAACAGGAGGCGUACGCCUCGAACUAGUCGGAUGUAGAUCCUCCAGUUGCACGAUUGCUAGUAAAGCAAAUGAAAAAGGUGUUCAGUUUUAUCAUCAUCAUCAGGCGAUGUGCGCGGAACCCGAGUGCAUUGUGGGUCGUGGCCUGAACUACAGAGGCAAGCAGAACGUCACCAGAAGCGGUCGGCCAUGUCAGAAGUGGAACUCGCAUGACCCACAGGAUCAUUGCACCACACCCUCACUCUACCCGGAUGCAGAUCUAUCUGAAAACUACUGCCGUAACAUACCGGAUCACCCGUCUAAAGCACCGUGGUGCUUCACAGGCGAGCAGGACUGGGAGUACUGUCAUGUCGAACGUUGUGAAGUUGGCUGUGUCGACUUGAAGCUAAACUCUGUUGGUGGAGAGAACGACUGGGAUGGAUUCCUUCUCAGCUCAAACACAGAUGAUUACACAGACAUCACAGACUUCUCAAUGGCUACACGAGAAGAGAUUGCUGAGAUGGGUCACCAAAAGGAAGACCUCAUCCUACAGUGUACCUUUGACAAAGAACGUUGCUCAUUGGACGAUUUUAAAGUGACGCAAAACGCCAAAUAUGGCAACUGUUUUACCUUCAAUCAUGGCGAAGACGACAAAGUUCGAACCACGACCAAAGUGGGAGCGGAGUUCGGUCUAAAACUGACACUGUCAAUCGAGUCUGACGAAUACGUGGGGCUCUUUGGUCAGGAUCCCGGAGCAAAGGUCACCAUACACAGUGUCGGUUCGACGCCAUUCCCUGAAGGCAACGCUCUCAAUACCAAACCUGGAGAGAGCACAUUCGUCGGCUUGAAACGCAGUUCUGUCAAACGACAGCCACAUCCUUACGGAGACUGCACUUCAUACCAGGAAAGAGACGAGUUGUACGGGGGAAGGUAUACGUACGAAACGUGUCAACAUUCAUGUCUGCAGGCAGCCUUACUGGACAAGUGUGACUGUUCUGACGAACUGAUUGCCAUCAAUAGCACAUUGUGUAGUGUACUGAACAAGACACAGGAGUGCUGUCGCCAAGAAGUCCGAAAACGCCACGAAGACGGCAACCUUCCUUGCAACUGUCAGCAAUCCUGCGAAGAAGAUUCUUACGCUCUUUGGCUGUCAUCUUCCUUGUGGCCAUCAGACAGGUACGUCUGGUACGUCUUGGAUAACAUCCACACCAGGAGCCGGGCUCGAAAUCUGCCGCUCAGCCCAGAUGAACUACGACAAAAUCUCACGAGAGUCCACGUGUACUUCCGUGAUUUGAAUUAUGAACUGAUCAAUGAAAAUCCGACUUACACUGAGGAAACUUUACUCAGCGGCCUCGGUGGAUUGUUAGGACUGUAUGUGGGUUUGUCUGUCAUUACGGUCUUUGAGUUUAUCAACUUGGUCGUUGAUGUAGUGAAGGUUGCUUGCAACAAAGAAAGGAAAGAAAGGAGCAACAUGGAACCCCCGGUCAUAAUGACAGGUAACUGA